UCAAAACAAAGCAAAUAAAAAGUGCAACAAUCGACUUCAUGGCAAUCGUCUUCUGCAGUUUUUAAUUAACUAAAAAUAGGCAAAUAGCGAAAAAUCUCGCGGAAGUUGCUCCCGAAACGCCGGAGGAGAAAGCACGCGAAAGUGCGCCGCAUUCAAAAAAACCAACUUUUAAAACUCGAAAAAUUUUAUGACGUAGUUGCGAAAUAAAAAAUCGUAAAAAUUCACGAAUUUACAUGAAAUUUUAUCAAAAUCAACAGCAGUCUUAUCACAAAGAAGUGCGCAAGAGAAUCCACAAUUGUGUGGCAUUAGAGAAGACGAAAAAAUUGUCGGAAAACGAGAUAACGCUGCAAAUCGGUGCAGACGACUCGCACACAGAAACGAGACAAAGAAACAAGGCGAUGUAAUUUACUUCGAGGUGUAAAUAAAAAGAUAUUAUUAUCAAGAACGCGGAAAAAAAAACAAAAAAAAAGACUGAAAAAAAUUCACAAUGCAAAAUUUCAGUGAUCCACAUUCCUCGUCGCCAUCCUCGAAUGUCUUUCUGGAGGAAAUUGACCCGAACUACACGAAUUUCAUCAUUCACGAUGUUAAGGAACCCGUAAUGGAAGGAGGCAACGGCAUGACUCCCGACCUUUUGGGCGAAUUGGAGUCCCUGAACUUGACAAACCAUUCCAUUGGCGAAGAGUACGACGAAGAACCGCAUCAUUCCAACAGCUUCCUCCUGAUGGAUGGCAAGGAAAAGCUCCGCAUCUCCAACGAUCAAUUCAUCAAAAAGCUCACCUGCAGUCCCGAAUCCAAGAUAAAAGUCGUUUCGAUCUUCGGAAACACGGGCGACGGCAAAAGUCACACAAUGAAUCACACCUUUUUCGGCGGCGAAGAAGUUUUCCGCACGUCAUCCGAGCAACGAAGUUGCACUUUGGGCGUUUGGGCAGCAUAUCAACCGUCAUUGAAUACGUUAUGCUUGGAUACGGAAGGAUUACUUGGCGUCACGCCGAACGAAAAUCAACGAACACGAAUGUUGUUGAAGGUGCUUGCAAUUUCCGACAUAAUUAUUUAUCGAACGCGGUCGGAAAGGCUUCACAGUGACAUGUUUACGUUCCUGGGGACCGCAUCGAAGGCAUUUGUAAAGCAUUUUGCACAAGCGCUGCAGUCUUUGGGCUUGCCAGAACCGCCUCAAGCUCUCGGACCUGCCGUCGUGAUAUUCCAUGAGACGCGAAACACGAAAAUUCUCGAGUCAAGUGUCGAAAAAAGUGCCGAGGAAAUUUUACGGGAGCGUUUCGCGCAAAUGUCCUUGACUCUCGAGGCAUUUAGCUCCAUAAAAUAUGUCGGAAUUCAAACAAACAACCAAAAAACGGACUACACAUCACUCAUUAACGCCAUAAAAUCGGAAAUUGAGAACACGACGGUGCGUUCGCCGCGUCAACCGGGUGUCAUUUUCCAAGCCAUCAAAGCGCUCAACCUCAAAUUCAGCGGCGAGAUCAAGGAUCAACCGAUGAACGUGUUUCCCGAGCAGUAUUUCACGUGCGGCGCCGAAUGCGAAUCGUGUGGCGGGCGUUGCGAACGUUCCAUGGGUCAUGUAGCCACCGGCGAACCGCAUCGUCUCGCCAAAAUCUGCCGUUACCAACAUCAGUACGAGAACAAGGUCCUCAUGUGCAAACAAUGUUACACGAAUGGCAUCGAGCAAAUUGUUCACGUUCAAACUGUGACGUCAAACGAAAGCACGUGGCUCGGCUUAGCGAAAUACGCGUGGAGCGGAUCUCUCAUCGAAUGCCCGAAUUGCGGCGAAAUUUAUCGUUCGCGCAAACAUUGGUACGGCAACAAGUCGCCCGAAGACGCUGCCGUGCGCUACGAGAUGAUUCACGUGUGGAAAGGCAGCAAAUAUCACGCCAAAGGACCCAAUUAUUCGGCGCAACUGGUGCUCGAUGGCGUCUCUUUCAUCACGGAAACCGUGCAAAGUGUCAGUGCGCAACCAACGAAAUCCAUCAAAUCGUGGGUCGCGGAUACAGUUGCGCCGAAAUAUUGGCGUCCCAAUAGCGAAAUCACAAAUUGCUGCGUUUGCAAAGACAAUUUCGAGGAAUUCAACUUGCGGAUUCAUCACUGCCGGGCGUGUGGCGAUGGCGUUUGCAAUGCAUGCAGUAAACAUCAGAUGUCAGUGCCAUUGAAGGGAUGGGAUACGCCGGUGCGCGUUUGUAAUAAUUGUCGCGAGGAAAUGCUGAGAUUGAGGGCGCCGACAGCGGCAUUGAGUACAACAGUAUCCAGUGUGAAUAGUAAUGGCGGAGGAGCUUCCGAUGAAAAUGAUGUUUUGGUCCGGAAAUACGGAGAGGCAGUUAUAAAUACUCUUUCGACAGUCGCUUCCGUUUUGGAGUAUCCAAAAGAUUUCAUCAAAGACAGUGCUCGUCCCUCAUAUUGGGUUCCCGAUUCCGAAGCCAGCAACUGUAAAUUAUGCGAAAUGCGUUUCGGCACAGCGGAAGAACUCGACAAAAACUCUCAAGUUAACGGAAGAUCGUCGCCGCACAAAGGAAUGGACCGCAAACGACAUCAUUGUCGAUCAUGUGGGCAAGCCGUGUGCAAUAGUUGUUCCUUGCAUCGUCGUCCCGUACCCGAACGAGGAUGGACUAUCGAUGUUCGAGUAUGCGAUUCCUGUAUCAUGGUUACGGAAUAAUUUAGGCAACGAGCACGAAGACAACGCUGCAAUAUCAAAUAACCAAAACCAGAGAGAAAAAAUAGAAAAAUAUUCUUAUACUUUAGAGACUAUAUCUUCAAAAGAUUUUUCUAGUGAAUUUUGUGUGAGAAACAUAAAGCGAAACGAAUGUGAUACUUAGAUGAAAGAUAUUUUUGUGAGAAAUGUUUGUUAGGCCUUUAACUUUAAUUUUAUUAUUUUGUUUCUUUGUCCUUAUUUUCUUAGCCAAUUUACCGUUUUAAUCGCAAGACUUUCUUAAUUCUUUCGGAAUCCUUAAUAAAAAAUGUUUUUGAAUUAAAACAAAUAAAAAAAAACCUACACAAAGAUUUAUAGUUAUGUAGCUAUAAUACAACAAAUUUA